CAAAUAUAUUUCUCAACAACAAAUACCAAUUCACAGUUGGAUAUUGAUGAUAUCCUUAUAUGGAAAUUGCACUUGAUUAAAACAUUUGGUGUUACAUAUAUUGUUUGGAGACGCAUGAAUAGAUCCCAAGAUUUUCGUUUUUAUAUGAACGAAAAUUUUCCAUCAAUACUUGAGGGUUAUUAUAAAAUUGGUGAAACCAUAAGCAGUGAUACAAGUAUACGUGAUUUUGAUACUGAUACUUGGAGUAAAAAAAUUUAAUUUAACAAGAAAAACAUUAACAUUAUUUGCUUGAUUACUUAAUGGCGUUCUUUAAAUCAAUUGGUUUGUUAGCCCUUGGUACUGGAGUUGGAUUUAUCGCUUUAAAUUUAACAACACCAAAUGAAAACGAGCUAAUCAAGCAAUUUCCAAAAGCUACAAAUCAAGCAUAUUUACCAUUUACAAAACGUUCUGAAAGAUUUUUACGUGAAAAAGAAAAUUUAAAGAAUGAAAAUUUAAAAAAUACUGAAGAAACCAAAAAAGAUAUUAAAAAAGAUCAAUAAAAAAAAAUAUAAAAUGGAUACAACAAAUGAUAUAAUUGAUAAUGAAAAUUUUACAGAUCGUAUGUCAAAACGUGAUCGUGAACGUAAAAUAAUAAUUGAAAAACGUAAAGAAGAAAAACAACAAUUAUCAGUUGACAGUGAACAAUUAGGUUAUUUUAAAUCAACAUUUUAUGAUAAAUGUAAUAAAAUACAAUUAUUAUUAGAUUCAAUAACAUCAACAACACCAUUAUUAACUGAUUUAUUUGAUAAAAUAACAAAAGAUAUACAAUUACUAAAAAAUUAUUUAUCACAAUCGAAAAUUUUUUUAAAAGUAUAUGAUAUAAGACGUGCACAAGAAAAUUUACAACAUCUUGAAAAUAAAACAUCUGAAUUAGAAGAUAAAUAUAUACCUAAAAAAAAAUUUGGUUUUAAAAAACGUUGUGUUAUUAAUAAAAAUAUAACAAUUGAUAAUAAAAUUGAUGUUACUGAUAAUAUUAAAAAUGACAAAAUAAUAAUUGAUUGUGAAAUAAGCAAACACAAUGAUUUGAUGGAUAAAUAUAAUGACAAUAAAACAACAAUAAUAAAUCGUAUUAAUGAAAAAAUAAUACUUGAUGCAAAUGAUGUUAAUAAAAAUGAUAUAAUGCUUGAUAAUUUAAAUAAUUGUCAAGUUAAAAUAUAUGGUUCACCAAGUACAUUACACAUGGUUAAUCUUGUUAAUUGUAUCAUACUAAUUGGUCCAGUAUCAUCAUCAGUAUUUGCUCAUAAUUGUAAUGAUUGUACAUUUGUAUUUGCAUGUCAACAAUUUCGUUUACAUUCAUCAAUUAAUUGUAAUGUUUAUAUACAUGUUACAAGUCGUGCUAUUAUUGAAGAUUGUAAAAAUAUUAAUGUUGCACCUUAUAAUUGGAAUUAUGAUGAACAACAAAAUCAUUAUUUAUUAUCUGGACUUGAUGUUGAUACAAAUAAUUGGGAUUCACUUGAUGAUUUUAAUUGGUUAUCCUAUGAAAUUCAAUCACCAAAUUGGAAUAUUAUUAAACCUGAAUUGAGAAUUCAAAAUUGGAAUUUAUAAAUUAACAAUUUAUACAUCAUUAACACAAGACUAUUUUUUAUUAUUAAUAUUAUUUCACGUAUCUUUUUGUAUUUUUUCUUUAAAUUGUCAAAUAUUGUAAUAAAUUAUAACACGUGUCUUUUUGUGAUUAUAUGAAAUAAAUGCACGUUAUCUUGAUGAA